ACUCCCUGGAGACUGGCCAGCGCCCUCCACCUCCCUGGGCCCCCAACUCUGGACCCCUGGGGCCGCACAAUAUCCCCCUGCCCCUCCCUAGGCCUGGGCAAGGCUGGCCACCAUGAUGCCCUCAGCGCCGCUGCCCAGGGCCUGCUGGACUUCGUUCAUCUCUCUGCUUCUAGUCUGCUGUCUGCUGCCCCCAGGUACCCAAGGGCAGGAGUUCCAGCUGCGAGUGGAGCCGCAGAACCCAGUGGUGCCUGCCGGAGAGUCCCUCUUGGUAAAUUGCAGUAUAGAUUGCCCCAGCGCUGAACUCAUCUCCCUGGAGACGUCCCUACUCAAGGAGUCGGUGGGCAGUGGCCUGAGCUGGGCAGCCUUCCAUCUCAGCAAUGUGACUGGUGACACCCAGCUCCUCUGCUCUGGCUUCUGCAAUGGCUCCCAGAUGAUAGGCUUCUCUAACAUCACAGUGUACCGGUUCCCGGAGCGCGUGGAGCUGGCCCCCCUGCCGCCCUGGCAGCCCGUGGACGAGCGCCUCAUCCUGCGCUGCAUGGUGUCCGGUGGGGCCCCCCGGGACCACCUCACCGUGGUGCUGCUUCGUGAGGAGAAGGAGCUGGGCCGGCAGCCAGCGGGAAAGGGGGAGCCUGCCGAGGUCACGGUCACAGUGCUGGCGACCAGAGAUGACCAUGGUGCCAAUUUUUCUUGCUGCACGGAGCUGGACCUGCAGUCCCAAGGGCUGGGACUGUACCAGAACAGCUCGGCCCCCAGGAAGCUCCGAACCUUUGCCAUGCCCAUGACCCUCCCGCGCCUCGUUGUACCCCGGUUCUCGGAGGUGGAAACGUCGUGGACCGUUGACUGCACCCUGGAUGGGCUGUUCCCAGCAUCGGAGGCCCAGGUGCAACUGGCGCUGGGGGACCAGAUGCUGAAUGCCACAGUCGUGAGCCACAGUGACACACUCACGGCCACAGCCACAGCGAAAGCAGAGCAGGAGGGCACUCAGGAGAUUGUCUGCAACGUGACCUUGGGGGGCGAGAGCCGCGAGACCCGGGAGAACGUGAAGGCCUACAGCUUCCAGGGGCCCAACCUGACACUGAGAGAGCCUAACGCCACCGAGGGGACCACAGUAACUGUGACUUGCGCGGCCGGACCCCGAGUCCAGGUCACGCUGGACGGAGUUCCAGCCGCGGCACCGGGACAGCCUGCCCACCUUCAGCUAAACGCCACUGCGAAGGACGACAGGCGCACCUUCUUCUGCAAUGCCACCCUCGAGGUGCAUGGGGUGAUCUUGCACCGUAACAGGAGCGUCCAGUUGCGUGUCCUGUACGGCCCCAAGAUUGACCGAGCUAAAUGUCCCCAGCGCUUGACGUGGAAAGAGAGGACUAUGCAUAUCCUGCAGUGCCAGGCCCGGGGCAACCCGAACCCCAAACUACAGUGUCUCCAGGAAGGCUCCAUGUUCAAGGUGCCCGUCGGCAUCCCAUUCCUCGUCAGGUUAAACCAUAGUGGCACCUACUAUUGCCAAGCGGCAAGCUCACGGGGCACGGACAUUCUGACAGUGAUGAUGGACGUUCAGGAUCGGAACCCCAUCGCCAUCACCAUUGUCCUGGCGGUGUUAACGAUCUUGGGCCUGGUGAUUCUCGUUGCGGCCUCAGUGUAUGUCUUUGGGGUGCAGAAGCGGCGUGACAUCUACUAUGUGAGGCAAAGCAGCACCCGGUUGCCCCUCGCGCCUAAACAGCCCGACGAGGCUGUGGCAGUGGAGUUAUCCUGAGCAUCAGAGUGCCAUGAUACUGGGCGAAGACGACGGAGGUUUGGCUGUAUCCCCGAAUUCCGCACUAAUAAAGGCUUUAAAAUCCGCACACUGUGGCUUGCCAUUCCACUGCUCCGCGCGUCCUUUGAGUGACACCUUGAUAGCGGAAAAGGGCGGAGCCUGUAGCGCCCAGACGCGGCUUGAACUCUGAGAGGCGGGCGGGGCCUUACCCAAUGGGCUGAGGGGUCG